AUGAAGAGUCAAAUAAGAAAUCUUUGCUUAUUGCUAAUGUUAACGGCGGUAUUGGCAGUAAUAAUAGAAUCGAAAUCAGGACCGGAAAUUGAUGCUGAUGAAUCGACUAGUUUUAAUGAGGCUGUAGGAAUUUGUUUAUCGAAAAAAAUGUACGGUACCAUGGAAUGUAUAAAUCGUGGUGCUUUGAGUUCACUUCAGACAUUAAAUGAGAAGGAUGAUCUCGAUUUUGGAGAUAUGCGAUUUCAAAGGAUCGAAGGUCAGGCUCGCGAUCUUCUUGACCUGGAUUAUGAUCCAAAAGACUUUGGAAAUGUUGUAGAGGCAGCUUCUCGACUAAUAGAGCGUAGAAAUUUUCGAUGGGAUUUGGGAAAUUGGUAUCCAGGCCUACAGAUGCGUGUUGGACCUACUUUAAACGCAAAUGGAAUUCUCGAAUUUAUAUUGGAUGAACGAGUUUCUAAAUUAAACAAUAGACAAGCGGGAAAUGGUAGAACAUUGAUGAAACACGUUCUGUUGCCAUUUCUUUUGGGAUUCAAGUUCAAUAUGGUCUCAUUGAUUCCUUUAGUAUUUGGAAUACUUCUUUUUAUCACGAAAAAAGCUUUUAUUUUGACGAAAAUUGCAUUAUUACUCACUGGUCUAUUUGGAUGGAAUUCCAUAUUUUCUGGACCCUCAGGAUCACCACCGAUAAAUUUUAAUGGCUUUAGUUAUGGCAAUGGUUACGGGCUUGAUACAACGGCACAAGGCGAAUAUCCUUAUCACGAGCAUCAUGUGCCAUAUCAACCAUUCGCUGGUCAAAAUCCAGGAAUUACUCCCUAUUCUCAUAUUAUUCGUGAGGUUGUUAACGUUUACGAUGCCGACUCAACGGAUGCUGAACGAUCGUCCGAGACAAGUUCGAGAAAUGGAAAGAAUUUCGUUUGGUCCAAAGAAUGAAAUAAUUUUCAAAUUUUUUCUAUUUAUUUUUCAAAUAUAAAUUAUGUGCCUUGAUUUACAAAAAGGGAAACAUUAAAUAUUAAUUAAAUUCAUUAGAUUCGCUGAAAACUUUUUACUUUCAGGUUUCAAAUGAAACUCUUCAAUUUAAAAAAAAAAUCUUCCACCAUAUUGGAUAUAUCAUUUUGAAUUUUGGAAAAACGAUAUCUAAUUCAUAAUCAGUGAUGCAAAAAAACCCCGAGCAACGAGUUUCAAGUAAAUAAGAUAAACUUUAACGAAAAAUCCGCCAUUUUGCAUCCGCCAUUUUGUAUUUUCAAAAUUUGAUGCCAGAUUCAUAAUCAGCGAUCUCGAAAACUCCUUAGUAACAAGUUUCAUGCUAAUCUGUUAAAUUUUUGAAAAUUCUUUCGCCAUAUUAAAUUUGACAAAUCUAGGUUGCAAUUAUGUAAUUUCAUUUUGACUUCCAUAUCGAAAUUGACUAGCUUUUACUUUGAUUUUUAUUCUGAAAUUCAAUUAAAAUUUGUAUUUCAGUAAAAGUGAAAAUAAAAGUGAAUGUGAAAGUGAAAAUGAAAGUCAAAAUCAAAAUAAAAGUCAAAGUGAAAGUCAUUAUGAAAGUCAAUGUCGAUGUAGAAGUCAAAAUGAAAUUACAUAAUUGCACCCCCUAAUGCAUCGCGCAAUGGCAUCAUUAUCAGUUAUUUUCUUGAAAAUUUGUUUUUGAAAGUUAUGUCCCUUUUUGAAGAAUAAGGCUCACUUUUAUUAUUACAUAUUUUAUUGGAAAAUUUUUUAACUUUUUCGUAAAAAUAUUAGAAAACGUUGAUAAAUUGGUUCGACACUUGAAAAUACUAUUCAAUUAUGAAACAGAGAAUUUAAAUGACUGUCACUUUAAAUAUCAAAACUUUAACCCCUACUACUUUCUAGAAUUUUCUUUUUUUUUGCAUAACGUAAUAUUGUAGGGAUUUUUUAUAAUCAAAUAGGGCAACAAUUUACCAAAGUUUUAAGUCAAUCUAAUAGCUAUUCUUGCAACAUAAAUAUUUUGUCACCGAUAGUAAAAAUUUGUUUUUUUACAUUUUUUUUUAAGCAAAACUUUGUCAUUAGAUAGAAGAAAAUAUAUCUAAAAAUUGUUUUAU